GCACCCCGUCAAUCGCCCACUCAAACCGCAACAACCAUUUUUUUUUUCUAACACAGCAGCGACAGAACGGGCAGAAACCUUCUCUUUCGCCCCUUUUUCGCUUCGCGCCCUCCUUUUUCUUUGCGCUGCACAACCAACUUUGUACUAUUUCUCCUACAAACCUUUUAAUAACUGUCGCUGUGUCGUCGAGGCUUUCGCUAGCUCUCGCGCUUUUUUGAGAGGGAAGAAAGACUGAGAACGGCGGGAAAACACUGUGUCGUCGUGUUUGCGCCUCCGCGCGGCUUUUGCCUUUGCGCCCCAUCGGAGUGACCCCAUCUAGAAUCGCUUGGUUCUGGGGCGGCCACAUCAUCGCUGCCUGCAGUCACUCUCCUUCGCCCGCCACCACCGCUUAACUCGCCUGGCUUCUGCCUCGCAUCGUCUCGACUACCCUCGGGGUUACGUCAGCGACUGCCUGGACAAUCGCGCAUUCAGCGCCCGACUUUACGUCGCCGCAUCACAUUGUUAUCACCUGCAACUUGGUUGCACCUCACUCCUUUAUCAUUCCCAACCAAGGUGUAAUUUUGCCAUCAACACCACCACCAUCCACGCCUCCGCGCAACCAUCACUCAACACUGGUGACUUUAUUGUCGCAAGUCGGCGCUCCCCUGUUGGAGCAAUCACUGUGGGCUACGCAGCCACUAUCUGGCUCGCUGAUGUUUCGGUUCUGGGGUACCGACUCAAGGGGGAGUGAAAAGACUGUCGAAGCGACGCUGCCCAUGCCGCUGUUCGCGAAGCCAGUCCAAGCCUUCCUGGAGACAUCGUCAAAAGCGGCUUUUCACCCCGGCCACUCGUUGAAGAGGAGGAGAUCUAGUGUUGACGAGACUCCGGUGCCGGUGUCAUGGCCCGCGCGGGAUCAGCUGCCACCGAAGCGCAUCAAGAUAGAAUCAUGUGCGCCGCCACCCGCGGCGGCGCCUGGGCGCGCUGCUGACCACCGCGGCUCCUGUCCAGAACGGACGUCAGUUCCCAUCUCGGCCGCAGAGCCCACCCUGGGACCGGCUCCCCGAGCAGAACCGGCCAUGGACCGUGCCAAAGAUGUCAUCCAGUUCCAGCUUGGCCUCGAGAUUUUGUACAAGCAUGACGAACUGCGUUUGAUUAAUCAAGAGCUGGCAAAAUGCCAGGUAGCGUUGGAGCAGCUGCGAAGGUGUCACCUUAUCCCAUAUCCGAUCACGUGUCCCACCCCAGACCAAAUGGUGGAGAUAAGCAGCGGCAAGGGCCCUGCUAUGCGCACCCGGCCCGGCGAGCCCGUGCCGGAAUGGGCGCCUCCCUUUGGAGUAGUCGACGGCCCGUACGCCCGACACUAUGCCAAGUGGCUCAUUCCCGACCCCAAGUUCGACGGUAUUCUGCCAGAAUGGCAGGGCUCGGGUGGCUAUGCCGUUUCUUCCAGGAGUGUGGCGGAAGGUAGGACGACAAGGAACAGCGGCGACGCAGGCAGCUUUGGCAAGCAGCGUCCUGCUCGCGGCUCGUCCACCCAAAAGCUGCACGCGCUCUCUUCUGGAUAUGCCCAGCCCAAGGACAAGGCAGGACCAUGCGUCCUCAGGCGCUCCGAUGGGAAAACAGUCAAGCUCGUGUGCAUCGAUUGCCACAGGGAAAACUUUUCUAGCACUCAGGGCUUCAUCAACCACUGUCGGAUAGCGCACAAGCGGGAUUUCAAGAGUCACGAGGAAGCUGCAGUCCAUUGUGGCCAUCCUAUCGAAGUCGAUGAACUCGGGGGGAGUGCCGCAGGCGAAGAAAAACCGGCUGCCGGGCCGAUCGGGCAGUCGUCUUCCAACCCCGCCACCGGCGCCGUCUACCCCUACGCCCGCGCCAAUGACGUUCCGGAGCAGGAGGCGCUGACGGCUCUCAAGUCCCGCGUUGAAGCUGCUUUGAGGCUAUACGAAGAUGGCAAGUCGCUUCCUUCAACGGCAGCCUCCCAAGAAGCACCCCCGGCCGUGAAGAGCGUCCCCAAGGCUCCCGCAUCAUCAUUUGUUGGUGCGAGUGAUCUCCCUCAUCUGUCCCACCUGCUUAGAGGCAAGAACUUCACCGGUGACCUGAACGACCAUGUGGCCGAUGCAAAGACCAGGGAGGACACCCCUGAGAUGUAUCUCGACGGUGACUCGGAUGCGGAACAAACAAGCAACUCGGUCGAGCCAGCAAGUCCUGUCAACGCCGCCACAGUCACUAGGGGUCCUGGUGUCAUGCGCAUGCCUGCGCGUGCCGUCAUGGCACCAACUUCUCUUGGGCUCGAUGGUCGACCGGCAAGCAGCAAAGGUUGUGUACCGCAGCACCUCGAAGCAUUGGAAACGCCAAUCACCACUCCCGUUGCAGAGCUCUCCCAGGCAUCGACGUCAUCGGGCCUAUACGAGGAUGAAAUGGAUGUCGAUCUCAGCCCCAACACGAUGGCGAGCAACAACGCCCCAUCUCUGGUUAGCGACGACGGCGAGUACGACGACUCGGACGAUGGAUCGUCGUCGGAUGCCAGUGACAACAUGGAUACGGACUCGGUCACCGAGAUAAAACUCGAAGACGAUCAUGAAGUUCAGGACCAGAUGACUCCACGCGCCGUCCGUAAAGGAAAUGGCAGCUCGGUUAGUCUUGAGAAGGACGAGAGCAGGCAUGUUGCGUUUGUGAGCCCGGUUCGCAGCACUGGAAAGAACCGAAGAAGAAAACAAGUCCUCUCAUGAGAGUCUUGCGGUGGUUGGUUUUGUUGUUGUCCGACAUAACGGGGCCACAUUCUCGACACACCAUUGAUCAUUCUAUCAAUACACGUGUCACACCCUUCCGGCCGGCCCUCGACCCAUUUAUCAUUUAUUGCAUGCUCCGACUUCGUAUUUUGCGGUUCAUUGCUUGCGUUCCCAUGUCUUUUUUUCUUCCCCAUCAGCACUGUUUCGCUGAUGAGCCCAGAUGUUGUGAGGAGGUUAGGUGGGGGCACGCAGCACACGAAAGAGUUCUCAUUGUCCCCGGAAGACUUGUUGGGUUUUACUUGAUGAUACCUCUUUUUUUCUCCAUUUUCUGAUGGUCUUUUUCGUUUUCGUUGAGGGGAUCAGCGUUGUCCUUUAUCCAUGUAUUUUUUAUCCGAGGAUGGGCAGCCAUGGGGCUGUGACCAUCCAUUUUGAAGACAUAGAUAUGACGCUCGGAAUACUAAGAUAAUCGAGCGCCUGGAAACAAGAAAUACAUUCCCACAAUCAUCUGUCG